AUGUCAGGGAGGCAGACAAAGGCAACCCAAGAGCGCCAUGAGCGCAUGCUUUUGGAGCUCUUAAAGUUACCAGGCAACGACCGGUGUGCUGAUUGUCCAUCAAAGAAUCCUCGAUGGGCAUCGUACUCGCUUGGCAUCUUUUUGUGUAUUCGUUGUGCAGGUCUCCAUCGCAAGAUGGGAACGCACAUUUCUCGAGUAAAGUCGGUAACAAUGGACCAAUGGACACCUGAACAAAUAGAUAUGAUUAGAAAGGCAGGUGGCAACGACAACGUGAACAGUAAAAUCAAUCCACAUCCCGACAGACAUCCAUUGCCGCUCGCUGAUGAUGAUGGCGACCGGUAA